ACGUGGGUGGAAACCGGCGAUGGUUAUGAUCCUGGGUCAGACCAUCUUUGCGGGGCUCAAUGUAUUCUAUAAGCUAGCAACCAAGGAUGGGAUGAACCUCCGUAUCUUAGUCGCUUACAGAUGCAUCUUCGCUACCAUUUUCUUGGUUCCCCUUGCUUUCUUCGUCGAAAGAAAUAAAAGACCAAAGUUGACGUGGAUGGUCACCUUCCAAGCAUUUCUUUGCGGCUUAUUUGGGGGGACGAUGUCUCAGAACUUUUACUUGUCAAGCUUGACGGUAACGUCAGUGACAUUUACAGCGGCCAUGACAAACCUUAUUCCAGCCUUAACCUACAUCAUGGCUGUGACCAUCGGGCUAGAGAAGCUGGGUAUUCGGACGUUAGCUGGGAAAGCAAAAAUGGUGGGGACUAUCAUAGGCAUAGGAGGAGCAAUGGUGUUGACCUUCUACAAAGGAGCCGAAAUCAACAGUUGGUCAACCAAUAUUGACCUUACUCGUGGGCUUGGGAGCGGAAACGCUUCACACCCACAGUCUAGUAAUCAAGUAUUGGGCUCAUUACUGGCUCUUGGUUGUUGUUUGGUUUAUGCACUCUGGUUGAUUAUUCAGGCUAAGAUGAACGAGAGGUACCCAUGCUACUUCUCAAGCACAGCUCUAACGUGUAUAAUGGGUUCAAUACAAAGUGUCAUUUACGCUCUAUGCGUAGAGAGGAAGUGGGAGGAAUGGAAGCUUGGAUGGAACAUUAGGCUUUGGACAGUGACUUAUGCGGGAAUAUUCGCAACUGGGGUGAUGUUUACGAUGAUAGCAUGGGGUGUAAGGGUAAGGGGCCCAGUAUUCGUAGCGGUUUUCAACCCUCUUGUGCUUGUGUUGGUGGCAAUCAUGAGUUCCUUGCUCCUUAACGAGAAGCUACAUUUAGGAAGCGUGGUGGGGGGAAUAGUGAUAGUGAUGGGGUUGUAUGUAGUGCUAUGGGGGAAGGGGAAGGAGAUGAAGAAGUUGUCUCAGCUUAUGCCGUCCAAAAGCAACAGAGAAGCAGAACAAAUGGAGGUGGUGGAGGUGGUUGUCAGUUCUACCACCAACCCCUCCUCUUCACCCGCUACCAAUGUUGCAACCCACAACAAUCCUACAGUUGACUUCUCAAAUGAUGCUCCACAUAAUUUGGAUAUAGCUUCCCAGGUUGUAUCAGCAGCAGCAGCAAUUGCAAAAGAAUAA